AUGCUUGGACGUUUGCUGUGCUCCAUCAAGGUGGGAGACAGGCCAAGUCCGUUCCGCACCGCUUGGCCUGUCGCUGACCCAUCUCUUGGCCUUGCUGGUGCCCGGAAUCUCGUCGUCCCAGCUCGAGAAUUCAGGGAGAUUUUGGAGGAUGUAGGGGAGACAUCGCGGGCUUACGCAGGAAACCCUUUGGCGCAACUUUCCCCCAACCGUCGAGGUCACGUUCUUCAGAAUGCAGUUCGACAAGUGCUGUCUCAAAAGCACUCGGACAUGCAAGUGAAAGGUCCUACUCCAGGCAUCAGCAUUCGGGGAGCACGUCUACGGCCAGAUCAAGCCAAGUAUGACUUCAGCAUAGGCGGCAGGCGAGUCGAAUGCAAGAGCGCACAGCUUUGCUGGUGUCAGAGCGAAGUACGGUGGACGGCUCGGUUUUCCGGAAUCAAGCUAGAACAGAAUUACUUUGAUGACUUGUACCUGGCUUUGUUUACGCCGAGCAACGUUUUGGUCCUACAGCAUGAUCUCCACACAUGCAUGUCUCGGGCUGGGCGACGAACUUCCGAAUUUGGUUGGAGAGUCAAUGUCGGCGGAGGCAAGCAUCAGACGAAUUGGAGGGAUGCCAUGGUUGCCCUUGCAAAACAACUGUUCAAGGCUGACAGCAAUUGCCGACGAGUAGCAGUGCUGCAGGUUCACGGCCCUGAGAUUUCAGCAGCCCUGUCGCAUGCAUUGAGGUCACGGUCAAAGGAAUUGGCGGACAAGUUUUACAAGGAGUCUCCGCUUCAGCUUGCCAACCCUUCCAGUCGGGGUUUGCAAAUAGAAGCAGUCGCGUUUGAACUCGAUAAGCGAAUGCACCCGGAAGCUUUCUUCCUCAGAAGUGCAGCUGAAAAAGCCGGAGCUGGCGGCAGCUUGCGCGGCCUGCACGCGGCUAGUGCGGAUUGGCUCAGGAAUGGCACCCGCAUUGAAGUCAAGCAUGGCGCACUCCUGUUCAAGGAACAGAGGUGCGUGUGGACCUGCAGCUUCACAGGAAUAAGGUCGACCUCCGUGUUACAGGGAGACGUUCGGAAUUUCGACGAGCUGUGGCUCGUAGUUCUCAGUCCUCGAGGUUUGCAUUUCUUCAGAGACGAUGGGGGGCUCGGCAUUGCAAAAGCAAGCCACCUGGGCAGAGGAGGGUGUAUUCAAGUAUGUGGGCCAUACAACGAACCGGAUCCGCAUGCGGCCUUGGAACCCAUUCUUCACAAGUUGAUAUGCAGAGGGUGCACGCUUCUGGCAACAGUUCUGUUUUAG